UAAUCGAUCCACGUGACUAAUGCCUCAAUAUACGGGACCAACAGUGCUGUCAUCCACCAUCGCGCGGUUUGGGCAGCUGCCUGGUUUUGCAUUCAUAGAUUCAAUGGCACCGGAUACAGAAUUUUGCGACGUCGAAAACCAUUAUCAGCUGUCAGUUCUUGAGGUAAUUUGAGUUUGACAUCCCAAAGCGUUGUCUAUCUGUACCUCCACAUUAUCUCGAAUCGAAACCAUCUCAGCAUGUCUUUGUUAGAGAAUUGCCAACCGAAUGUUUUCAAUUUACUACAUUUCAAAUUUUGCCACAAUUGGAAGAUAUGCAGGCGCCGUACAUGACCGCGACCGACGGCGCAGAUCCACCAAUAGAUGAUGGAUUAGACAAUGGUCCUGGAAAGCUAUUUGUUGAGAGUCGAAACGAGAAGGGAGAAGUUAAGUAUACCAUGUUCUCUGGCAAGCCGUUAAGAUGGAGAGGUGACUAUAUUCCUUCGCCAGAAGCCUACCAGGAGACUCUGCGCGACAAAGCCCUCGAAGCUCAGGAAGGAUAUGUUUUUCAUGCAGAAGCUCUGCGAAUGUUGGGUGUCAAAGUCUUCCGCACUGGGGACUAUCACAUUGAGACAAAAUUACGAGGAAAACGCGAUGUGGUUAAAUUCCAAACCAAGGAACUCCUUCCAGGGGGACAGGUGUGGACAGGCCCUCGCAAUAUUGCCCAUCUCGCCUUUUUAUCUUUGGAGGAUGGGGAGCUUCCGAUUUUUCAUUUCUGGAUCGAUCCGACUAUCUUUGGGAAGAAGCCUGAUCAGAUGACACUCGCAGAAACAAUCGACUCCGAAACUCACAAACAAAGAACCGAAGACGAAGCCAAGCAGAUCGAAGAAGGACUUAAAAUGCGUUUAAUGCCCAAUAUAACUCCUUCGGAUCAAAUCUGGGUCGAUAAGCUAGCCGAAUUCCGAAAACUUCUCGCCGAUUAUGGAGGUAACAACCGCAAUCAGUCGCUUAUGGAUCUUAUGAAGAAGACUUUUCUUGAAGACCAAAUCCGCCGCUUGGCGGCUUCGGGAGAGCAUUCUAUGCUUGCCAUGUUGCAAGUGAGAGACCAGUUGCUAUAUUUUGAUAACCUCGACAACGACGCGUUCAAGGGAGUAAAAAACAAUGCUGCAACGAAAUUUUGCAUGGUUUACUUUGGCCUUCCUGUUGAGCCUCUGACUUUGACCAACAUUCUCAACGCUAGAAAGAAUGAGGAUGACGCUCGAGAAAAAAUUGAACCCGAUUACAGCAUACUGCCUGGAAUAUACGGCGCAGAGGCCGACUUGGAAUUCUUGGAUAACUACCACGAGAGAGCUUAUGGAUAUCCGACUCUGCGAAAACCGAAGGCAAAAAGGCCCUACAAGGACAUCCCAGAAGAGGUCUCUGAUCUAAUCCGAGAGCAGAACCGGAUUGACGAAGAGCUAUAUCCUCAGCCAACAAGGAGAUGCGGGGGUAAUCGUAAUGCUUUCCGCGGCGUGGACAGCUAUGAUUUUGGGUUUGACAAACCCGAACCUGACCUCCCGUCGUUCAAGGAGUUUCUAGCUCUUCGUGGUGGCGCAGGACCGUCCCAAAUUUCAGGGGAUGUCAAUGAUGGUGAUGACGAUGAUUCGCAACUAAACUCUGGGCAUUUCAGUGACAUGGAAGAUGUUAUUAUGAAUGAUAUGAGCAUGCUUGAACACUCUGACGGAGAUUAUGGUUUGCCAUCAAGCCUCCAUAAUCCUUCUUGGGUUGAUGGCUUCGAUGGAGGACUUAGAGGUGGAGCUUCGCCACCCAGAGGCAAUGAGGGGGACGAUGAAGAACAGGGCGGGCCCUCCGCACCACCACCAAAUGUCAACACCCCUGGCACAAACACGAACAAUGCCGCCUUGCCUCCGCCGGUCUCACUUCCACCACUUGCCUCCAUGGAAUCUGUUCUUGCCACUUUACAGGAUAAUCCUCGACAGCCGCCUAGCGGGCGUCGUGGUCGAACGACGCCUGCUACGAAUGGGAGCACUUUCGACCCUAGCCAAUUUCGAGAAUAUAUGGUUGAAACAGAGAAGAAUCUAGAACAAGAUGACCUUCGCGUGGGUGCGUACCACAAAGCGCAGUCUGCCCACGAACCCCACUCGGGAAGUCCGGAGCCACCAAGAUAUGGCAAGUCAGUUGAGGAGCAGUUGGUUACUGGGCCCACAACGCCAGGUGUGUUUGCGAACGAUAUUAGUCUCGCUGAAGUUCGACGACUGCAAGCACGCAAUGGAGAAUUGGAAAGACUAAUAUUGGCCCGUGGGACAUACUGUGGCAUGUGUGAUAAGACCAUAUCCUUCACCACCAAAGAACAGCGAGACUCCCAUUUUGCAGGUCAUGUGGACGGACUGCAUUCCUGUGGUUUUUGUGGAAUUAGCUUCAAUUCGGCCACUCAUGCAGAGAGAAAAUCUCAUCUUGCUAGCCAUGCAGAUAUUAGAUAUACAAAGCAAACCGGGAAAACGCCCCAGAGGCCUACCGCCUCAGCUAGGCCUUUGGCAGCAACUCCUCCAGCCAGUUCCAGCCCAGCUCAAGUCGCGCGAGUAACUGUUGUUGAGGGCGAUACCAUAUUGUACUGCCAGAACUGUAGCGUGGACUUGGCCAAUUUUACCACUCCCGCCCAACUUAUUCAACACACACGCGCCUGCUCUGGGAGGAAUCGUGCGCCAAGCGAACCGGCAUAUUGUAAAUUCUGCGCCAUUGAAAUUUCUAGACUCGGCAGCGCGGAUGAUGUUACGAACCACCGCAAUCUGUGUAAAGGCUCCUCUGCCGGCCGGGGCCGACAACGAGAUCUUUGGGCUGCAGCAGGCUGUUCCAAAGAUGACCGGGAGUUGACGUACUGGAAGCUAUGUGCCCUGGCUGGGGUCCCUGAUCUUCAUUACAGGCCUCGCAACCCAAACCCAAGACCAUACGAGUGUCGUUACUCUGGCUGCGACGCUAGUUUGCUUGAAAUGGCAAAGGAAGGGACUCUGGACGCCCACCACAAGAAGCACAUCUCCGGCGAAGACAGACUCAAGUACAUAUGCCAGGCCAACGUCUGCGGGAUGGAUCUUUCCAUGCAUGAGAAACGGGGCGAGGAGCGGCUCCAACGACAUCUCACGAGGCAUCUUAAGGCGCAUUGCACAUACCCAGGCUGCGACGUCAUCUUCCGUGACGAAGACAUUUCGCCGAGCACACGUGAAAUUGAACUUGAAGCUAAGAAAAAGUGGGUUGAUCACGCCCAUAACCAUAUCAACGAUGAUGAGGACGAGCUGGGUCAUGAUGGCACUUAUAAUUACAUUGACAGUGAUCCUCCAAGUGAUGAUGAUGGCGAUGGUGGACAUCAAAGCACUACUGGUCACAGCCGUCAGGGAAAUGGUGCAAACACCGGCGGUGGACAAGGAGCUGGUACACGUCAAACUGAAGGUAAUAACCCAGCCAGACCCCCAGUCCCAAAAGCUCCAGCCCCGAAAGCUCUAGUCCCAGGUACCACUAUUAGAACCACAACUACUGGCAUUCUACCUCGGAGGCGUCUGCCCGCAAACACAAUUCCAGAAUAUUUUAUAUCCCUCCCUAAAGAGUGGAAUGCAGCCGUAAAAAUGCUCCCCGCAGUGCUCUAUGGUGGAUCGAAGAAGCCACAGAAGUCGACAUUUAUCUGUCCAGUUUGUUAUUUAAGCAUACAAGGAUUUCAACUUUCCGUGGGCCCCUACCUUUCUGUUUAUUCUUCCACUUCACCAUGCUUAUAAUACUAUAUAGAAUCUUGCUAACUGAACUUAGUGGCAUCGCAGUAUCUGCCCCGACGGCACAAAGGGUUGCGGGG